UUGACGCUUGAUCGAAGAUCUUCCGCGUCUUCCUUCGGAUUCGCUAUCACCAUCCUAAGGUAACGUAACAUAAUCUGAGAUUUUUUAUUAAAUAAACAUUGUUUUUAAACUUGUUCCUAUUUUGGAGUUCUGUUUAUUUAUUUAUUUUGUUGUGUAUGUACCAUCUUUAAAUAGCAGCAAAUGUAUUUACUUGAUGUUUUUUCUUUGUUUCAGUGGAAUUUGUUUAUUUUGACUGUUUGUGUUUGAGUAGCAGUACAUUGUUAUGCAAAAUGUAUGCAUGAUGCCCUUGAGUUCACUGAAUACUGGAGCAGCUGGUGUAUUCAAACUCAUUCACUGCCAUUGAUGGCGGUGGACCAGGACGUCCAAUCCAUUUGGACUGAUCAUUCCAGUCAAAAUGGACCGACCUGCCAGCCGUUGUCAUCAACGGCCCCGACGACAUUAACGUUGAUCUCUGUCGCGGUACACUGUAAAACCGCCGUUAAUUUCAACUUUUCGUUUUGCAGCAUUUCUUUGCCCCGACGUCAUAAAACUUGAAGUCCAGCUCUCAUUGACUGCAGAUGUGUGUAUUUUGUUGAGGAAUGACAAUGUAUCCAUAUCGCCAUACUUUGCAUUCAAAUAGGUUAUUCAUAUGAAUUGCUAUACCCUUUUUACAAAGGUUUUUCUACCAAAACUGGCCACCCAAUAGUGUCUGUUAACUCCUUGGCUGCCAUUGACAGCGCUCGACAUCCAAUUUUUAGACCGUGACGUCGCCAUCGUAACGCAAAGUGGGCCAUUUAUAGACACGGCCUCUCAUAAAAUCAAUGUUAUUUCUGCUUGUGUUCUCCGGUAAGCUUUCAAAAAGGAAGAUGCCCAUCAAACACUUCUGCUAUGGAACUUGUAGAAUGCCAGCAAGGUGAAGCCUUUCACAUUUCAUAUGCUGUAAACAUUUUGUUGAGAGGACGAAGAGGUAAGCCAUUUUGAUAUUUUUAUUUUUUAGCGUGGCGUUUUGCCAUGUUGCUUUGGUUUGACAAUGAAUGACCUGAAAAAAAUGAAAAUGGUGUCUGACUGCCACUGUUACAUUUUCUGUUGUAAAAAAACAACUUUAGUAAGGGGAAGUUGGGGGUAGAAUUAAGAUUUGUAAGAUUUGAAAAAAUCAAAAGUGUUAAUUGGCUGUAACCGAGUAGCAUUUGCGAUCACUAUGCAAAAAUGGCAAUGUAAAUUAUCCCCAAGAACGGUCAGGGACGUAAGACAACCAGAGGAUAUAAUAUAUAAGAAAGACCAGGCAUAUGGUGGUAAAGGAUAAAGUGCUGAAACAGGACAAUGUCAUUGUCAGCGGUGUAAGGCAAUGCACACAAGAAAAAGUGUUGAUAUUCAAGCUAACUCUGGAUCUUUUUCCCAUCUUUUUCAGCCCCCGACACUCAAGCCAUCUUUUAACUAAACGUUGGUCAUUUCUUCCGCAUCUUUACCAGUGAAUUUGGCACCGGGGAUAUCAUUCUCAGACAGAAUUGUUUGAGCCCAAUUGUAAGGAUGAUCAAACACCAUAAUUACAGCUGUCACUCGGAUGGGUAAAUAGUCAGUCCAGCAUGGAGGUAAAGAAGGUGUGUCGGUCCUGAUGAUCAAAUAAGCAAACAGGUAACGUGACGCGACGGCCACCGGUGAGGCAGAAAGGAAGAGCUCAUUGAACUCCGUCCGUGUCGACACCGGGCAAAUACGGUCCACGUAUUGAACUCAUUGGCCGCUACUGACGACGAUAGACGUCUUGUUUAUUUAAACCAGGGGCGUCACUAGGUCUUAAGAACAGGGGGGCUUAGUCCCCAGGAAUUACACAGGAUGUCCAUAAAAGUGGUGGAGUGAUUAUUAUUAGGGUAUUAUUAUGACUAUCCACUGAUGAUAACCAUACGUGAAUGAGCCCAGCUCCUGUACUCAUCUAUGCGUAAAGUGAGAAACACAGCUGAUGCUCCAGAAGGAAGUCACCUCAACUAUAGUGGUAACAAGAGUGCACACGUAACUUGUAACACGUAAGACAAACUAUCAAGCAGCGUCUUGGUUGCUGCGGUAUUUUAGAGCUGGGAUGUAAAUUUUGACUGCAAAACAACAAAGGUAAGACGUGCGUAGAGACCGCAACUGCCAAAAAAAAAAAAAAAAAAGGUAGUACCAACUGCUAGCUUCUGGCAAUUUUAUAGUGAAUAUGUAAGCAUUUGUUGUUGUUGUUGUUGUUUUUUUUAAAAAUAAAACAACACCAAAUCAUUUAGGGGAGCUUAAGAAUAUUUUAGGCCUAAUGACGCCACUGAUUUAAACCUGGAGUGGCCGUGAAUGCUCAUGGCGGAAAACACUCAGGUGACUUAAAGUUCCACUCUGAGACCCCCAGUUUGGCCAAAUUUAAAAAAUUGUGCUAUAUGCAUGUGUGAUACAUCCUUGGAAAGCUUAAAAUCUCAAUUUUCUGGCGGAAGAAAAUUUUUGAACAGGAGGGCAUUUAAUUUUAUUUUUUUAAACAGCAAAACCCUAACUGGAGGUGAGGGCAUAAUUAAAGACCCCAUGAUUUAAACAAGAUAUUAUCACAUAUUUACUUCUUUUUGAUCCAAAACUCCAUGUGGCAUGUAUCACCGAGUGUCAAGACACAGCUGUGAAUGGUCACAGCCGGAUUUUGGGGGGAUUUUAUGGGUGAAACAUGGUAAUAUAACAAGGGUUGUGCUGUAGAAAUCGCAGACAUCAAGGAGUGGUCGACAUUUUCAUAAUUUUACCUAUUUAAACAAUUUUUUUCAAUUUUUCUUUGUUUGGAUCGAUUAUUUAUCAUCUAGAAUAUUGGGGAAAAUGCGACAGUAAUAAAAAAAAUACAAUUAAGCGAUAGUUAUGAGGUAGAUAUCCGUGACUUAUUUACAGACACUAUUUUUUUCAUUGUGAUGUAAUUUGUUUAAAAGUUUAAAAUAUGCGAGUGAAUAAUUUUUUUUAAGAGUUUUUUUUUUUUUUAAAGUAAAUAUUCGACAUCAAUUCAUGAUUCUAAGCUAAAAAUGACAGACAUUUUAAAUAAUAAAUAUACCGUAUUGGCCCGAAUAUAAGACGGCCCUGAUUAUAAGACGACCCCCUCUUUUUCAAGACUCUAGUUUGAAAAAAGACUUUUUGAACAUCAAAUGAAUUUUUAUACAGAAAAUAAUUACAGUACAUCUGAAACAAAUGAUUAUAACAAUAUGUUUGGGAGAAAAAGCAUGUUAUUUUGCCUCAUUCAAAUCUUAAUAUCUGAACAUUUAAAUAUGUAAACUAAAGUGCAAUCACAUUCGUAAAUGAAUUGCUUCUGGUUUUAGAAAUGUAAAUAAACCAAUCUUUUGUGAUAAAACAACAAAAUUGCAAUAACUGUAUUAACUAUCAAAGUGAAGUCAACUGCUACUGUAGUCUUAAAACAAAAUUGAAUAAGGAAAAACAUUGCAAUAAAAUAAUGCAAACUGGUUAAACUUGAGAGUAGCUGAGCUCUGUCUUGACAGAACAUUGCUUCAAUGAUAUAUGGCGCCAUCUAGCGUCGUGAAUGGGUAUAAUGUCUAGACCGCGAAUAUAAGACGGCCCCCACUUUUUCAGUCUUAUUUCAAUGCAAAAAAUACAGUCUUUUAUUCGGACCAAUACGGUAAUUACUUUCCUUCUUUUUAUGGCUGGGUUGAAAGAAAAGAGGUUGCGCGAAGUCUGUAAACGGGGGUUUCCAGGGUAAAACGGACAAAAUUAAAAAUAGUUCGGAAUGCGCCAUGUAUCAGCUAUGACAGCAUGUAGACAUAUUGUUCUAUCAAUCACAACAGUUCUUUUGGCUUAAAAUACAGCAGUUUAUUUUAAAGAAGGGUGCAAGAGCAGAAACUGCUCUUUCAGCCUUGUCUGUUUUCCGCCUCAUCUUUUUUUUUUUUGACCGCGAACGGAAUGAUCAAACGUUCAUUCGCCCCCUCCUGCUCAAGAAAGGAUUGAACGUCUUGUGUCGUCAAUGGAAGCCAUUGAGUUAAAUGACUUCUUUAAAGUUGGAAAAAAAAGUGUCGUCAUAUGUUCACGAAGGGCUAAAAACGAGGAUCUAGUGCAACCAUUGCGUUAAAAAUAUCCUGCACGAAAAGGCUAAGUUCAUUUCAAUAUUCUGUCAGAAAGAAAUGUAACUCACUUUAUGUGAAGGCACAGGACAAAGAGCUGUAUUUGGUCUUCCCACAUUUAAUCAACUCAUGAUCACUAUUGACCCAUUUACUUUGUGUCAAGGUUCGAUAGUUCAUUUGGCAGUUAAAAGAUAAGACACACCUGCGCUUGUUUGCCUUGCAGCUCUUUUUCAACAUGGAGACCCGGGAAAUCAAGAUCAUCAAUCAAGGCCUGGAUGAUGAGAUGGAGGUGUUCGGGUACCGGCCCUGCGUUUGGAAAAUGGUCCUGGUGGGCGCGGGGAGCAUUUGUUCCGGCGGUCUCCUGCUGCUGCUGCUCUACUGGCUGCCUCAGUGGAGGGUUAAAGCUACCUGCGAGCGAAGCCCGCCGGGAGAGGCGCGCUCUCUGCUCCUCAGGACCACGGAUGAUUUGCGGCAGUGGGCUCACGUCAAAGUACGUGUGAUGAGAGCUCCGGGGAGGACCCCUUUCGACGGCGUGGAUCAUCACCGUCAUCCCAGCGCUCACGGAUACCGGCAGCCCGGGCCGAUCGCUCAUCACGGCAAAAAUGGCACUUUCAACCGCUUGGAUUCCACCGAGCUCAUCCACUACUUCAGCCACCACAGCGUCACAUACUACUGGAAUGAAGGCACACAGGACUUUGAAACUUUUAAGGGCUUGGAGCACACCAAGGUGAGCUGUGGAGCCAUCCAUAGAGAGCACAGCCAAGGACUCACUCAAAAAGUGCGCGACUACAGAUCUUUGUUUUUCGGCAAGAACGAGAUGGACGUGAGGGUUCCUUCUUUAUUCAAACUCUUUGUCAAAGAGGUCUUGGACCCGUUUUACCUCUUCCAGCUCUUCGCUAUUAUCCUGUGGGCCGUUCAGUCCUACUUUCUGUACUCUGCCAACAUGCUGGUGAUUUCUUGCAUUUUUAUAGGCGUUUCUCUCUACUUCAUAAGAAAGCAUUAUGUCAAGCUGCGCAAUUUGGUGGUCACGCACAGUGUGGUACGAGUUACAGUGUGCAGAAAAAAUAAAGACGUGGAAGAGAUCAUGUCCACCGAGCUGGUGCCGGGCGACGUCAUCGCCCUUCCGGCCGACGGGCUGUUGGUGCCCUGCGACGCCGCGCUCAUCUGCGGCACCUGCGUCGUCAAUGAGAGCAUGUUGACAGGAGAAAGCGUCGCCGUCACCAAGAUCGGCGUGCCGAGUUCAGGCCGGGAGGCCGGCGAGAUCUACGACACGGAGCGCCACAAGCGCCACACCCUCUUUUGCGGCUCGCGCGUCAUCCAAAGCCGUCACUACGCCGGCCAAGCGGUCAAGGCGCUCGUGGUCAGAACGGGUUUCAAUACAGAAAAGGGCCAGCUGGUGCGCUCCAUUCUCUACCCCAAACCCACAGACAUCCAACUUCACCGGGAUGCUGCGCAGUUCCUGAAGUGCAUGGUGGUGUUGGCCGGGCUGGGGGCCCUCUACGCCAUCAUUAUCGAUGUCAUUUUGGGGGUCUCCGCGACGGCCGUCAUCUUCGACGCUCUCAACAUCACCCUGAUCGCCGUGCCCCCGAUCUUACCAGUGGCCUUGACCGCCGGUCUGGUCCACGCGCAGCGGCGCAUGAAGCGGAGGGGCAUCUUUUGUAUCAGUCCGCAAAGGAUCAAUGUCUCGGGUCAGCUGGAUGUCAUUUGCUUUGACAAGACUGGCACUCUGACUGAAGACGGUUUGGACCUAUGGGGUAUUCACAGAGCUCAACAUGGCAUAUUUUCAGUCGCAACCACCGAGGUAUCGCCAAAGACUUCUUUUGCCGCCUGCAUGGCCACUUGCCACUCCUUGAUCAUCACAGACGGCAAACUCUGCGGAGACCCUCUCGACGUCAAAGUCUUCAGCGCUACGGGUUCGCUCCUGGAGGAAGGAAACGAAUACCACGCUGCACUUUACCACGCCAGAAUUUCCGCUGUUGUUCAGUUCCCAGAUCAGUCAGGCGAGUUUGGCAUCGUGCGCCAAUUCCCAUUUUCGUCUGCGCUACGGCGAAUGAGCGUGGUGGUCCGGGGCCUGGGACGAAAACACUUUGACGUCUACCUGAAAGGAGCGCCGGAAACCGUGGCCGACCUCUGCGCCCCGCACACGGUGCCGCAGAAUUUCACAGAGACUCUGGAAACUUACACCCGGCAGGGCUUCAGAGUUAUUGGCCUGGCGCAUCGUCAAAUGGAGCCUCAACUGUCCUGGCUUCAAGUCCAGAACCUCAGCCGAGAGCAGACGGAGAGCAACUUGGACUUCUUGGGUUUGAUCAUCAUGCAGAACAAAAUCAAAGAGCAGACCGCCGACGUUCUGCUCGAUUUACGACGAGCCGACAUUCGGACUCUGAUGGUCACAGGCGACGACCUGUCGACGGCCGUGUGGGUGGCUCGAGAAUGCGGAAUGAUCGGAGCCGGCGAGAAAGUCAUCGUCGCGGACGCCGCGCCUCCUCGACAUCACCGCCCAGCCAGUAUCACGUGGUGCCACUGGGAGGAACCUUUUCUCUACACUAAUGCGACUAGCGAGAUCGGCUUCUCUAGCGACGGCCGGUGGGCAGAGGAGGAGCCCGGCUAUCAUUUUGCCGUGAGCGGCCGAGCCUUCGCCGUCAUCGCCGAGCACUUUCCGCAGCUCUUCGAGAAGUUCCUCCUGAAAGCAACCGUGUUUGCCCGAAUGACUCCCGACCAGAAAACUCAGCUGGUGGCGGCCCUGCAGAGCAUCGAUUACACUGUCGGCAUGUGUGGUGAUGGCGCCAACGACUGCGGAUCGCUGAAGAAAGCGCACAGCGGGAUCUCGCUCUCCGAGCUGGAGGCCUCCGUCGCGUCGCCCUUCACCUCCUCCGUUCCCGACAUCUCCUGCGUGACCCAGCUCAUCCGGCAAGGCCGCGCCGCUCUCGUCACUACUUUCUGCGUGUUCAAAUUCAUGACCCUCUUCAGCCUCAUCUUAUUCUGCGGCGUGGUUCUACUCUACGGGGUCCUCAGCAAUUACGGGGACUGGCAGUACUUCUUGGUUGACACCAUCAUGCUUUCUCUAAUCGUCUUUACCAUGAGUCUGAACCCUGCGUGGAAGAAGCUGGCGCGGCGCUCCCCACCGACCGCUCUGCUGUCGGCCCCGGUGCUUUCCUCCAUUCUCUUCCAGAUCUUCAACUGCCUGCUCUUUCAGUUUUUUGCCUUCUUCUUUGUGCAACAGCAGAGUUGGUAUCGGACGCCUCAGGAAAUUCAGAGCGACAACACGAACUCCAGCCAGAUGUACGGCUUCAACCGCAGUCAAGCCGGAGCCCAGUAUAUCAUUAUGAACUUCGAAAACACCUCCCUCUUCUACGUUUCUGCCUUCCAAUACUUGAUCGUUGCCGUCGUCUUCGCCAAAGGAAAACCCUUCAGACGACCCACUUAUAAAAACUGGUCAUUUGUGUUGACCUGCGUUGCAAUCUGCUUUUUUCUCCUCUUCAUCAUGCUUUAUCCCAUCCCUGCUAUAGAAGAGGUGUUUGAGAUUGCCAGCGUUCCCUACGACUGGCGCGUGACGCUCCUCAUCAUUAUUUUGGCGCACGCUGUCCUGUCUUUCCUAUUGGAGAAUUUGAUCCUUGACACACUGUGGAAGGUUUUUCCCAGCAAUCCGACCGGCCGACAACACCUGACUAACAAAACUCAGAUGGCGAGCGAGCGCUUCUUCUCCAAGAUGGUGUGGAGUAAAAAAGGGUUCCCCGUCACCAAAUACAAAUAUCUGAGUCUGAAACUGCAGGAGGAGCUAGACUGGCCUCCAGCGCCCUCCUCGGUCACCUACGCCGGCAAUCCCGACUACCUCGUAUCUGAACGGCUGUGAGCCAGCCAGCCAGCCAGCCAGCGAAUGAACGCUGCAAUUCAUUUCUUUGUUUUUGUAGAAGGAGGGUGGGUGACAAAAACAAGUUACUGACAAUUACAACAAGUUUGUGUCAUACACAAGGAACACUCUGAGCCGCACUUUGAAGCACCGCUGGCUUAACAAACCACUUUACCGACUGAGCCGCAGCAAGACCGCCAUGUUGCUCUUGCCUCGCUGACAGACUCAUUUUAGGGUGCGCGCUGUUUUUUUGUUGUUGUUUUUUUUUGCGUGUGUUUUUUUUUUUUUUUAACAUGGUAUUUUAGGUCAAAUUUCGGGAAUGGGUGGGAAUGUGAAUUUCUGGUGGAUGUUGAAUUUGAAACAGUAGCUUAUGUUUGCAUGCAGCUAAGAAACCUCUAAUGAUCUUCUUUUUGGCAGUAACCCGGUUUUGCCAGGCCAUCCGUGUAAAUGCAUUCAAAAACGGACACGGUUCACAUUCCAGCUUUAAAAUUUUGCAAGGAAUCUCGCUCUUAGGAAGAAGCUGUUGAUGGGCCAUUUACACGAUAACCAGAGGAAAACCUACCCAGAUGUCCAUGUUGUUUAGAGGAAGGCUGCACUUUGGGCGAAUGAAAUCUCCUUCCAGAGUUGAAGUUUUGACAAACCUGUCGUUGCCAUCGGAACAUUCGGGAAUUUGUGGCAUCCGUCUCCAACGUUGCCGUCCAGUUCGUAAAGACGGCGGGUGCGAUCGGGCCAGACGCCGUCUCUCUCCGAACUGGAAAUAGAAGUAGCCCAAAUGACAGACUGGACACGCUAACUACAAGUUACCUUGCGCUUUUGUGUGUCUGUGAAUACCCCACACAACAAGGUAACAAGUUUGAAUAUUAGCUGCAUGUAAACAUUUUGAUGUGUGUGGGUGUGGGGGUUCAUAAAAUGGCUGGAAUAGGGGAUUUGGAGUCACGUGUUCUGACUACAUUGACAAGUGAAACCACAUAAUUCUUUCAGUGUCAUUGACGACAAUAAGACGUCCAAUCGUGCCUAUGGCUUCUUGUGCUGUUAAAUGAAAUGACUUUAUCAAUAGUUGAUGUCCAAGCCAAGUGAAGUGGGAGGGCUGAGAGCGCCCCUCACUUGAAAUUAAUUGGACGUCUAUCAACAUACAUGCCGGACAAUGAGCAACUCUGCCUGCUGCAUGGCCAAGAUGCAACCGACGAAUUUAUCCUAUGUACCCACCCAAUCCAUUUGAAGUGGGAGGCACCGUGGAUUGGACAUCUAGCGCCGUCCAUAGAUUUCAUAAUUGUAUUGACGGGUCACUUCGGCCACCCACCCAGGCAUUCCGCAAUCCGCUUCAGCUAUUCGCAGUCGGUCGCGGUGACACAUGCAGUAUUGAACGCCAGAUUUAGGAUAAAAGCACAAAGCAUACAAACAGGAAGGAUUGUCUCAGGAGUGAUUUGUUGGAGGAUUUACGGUAAUUAUUAUAUUUUUCGUACCAUGCAUGCAUUUUGAAACAUUGUGAAAAAAAAUCAAUAGGAGAAUGGGAACCGCUACGGUAUUGGCAUCAUAGUUUGCAAUAGUUACGUAAAAUAAAUGCUUACUGCACUUAUUAUUAUUUUUUGCUUUUACCCAAAAAUCGAGGCUGUUUAACAUCCAUAUCUAUCAAAAAUUUGGGGAUUUAAGCAUUUAUUCACAAGAAUUUUCACCAGAAAAGCUCUGUUUACGUCAGGCGGCCACAAGCUACAAUGACUAACGGACUAGGAUUGUCUGUUAGCAUUUAUUUUACGUAAAUAUGCGACUAACUGCAUGUUUUUUUUUGUUUUUUGCUUUAACCCUUUAAUGCCAGCAAUAUGAAGCAAUCAUCAGAGAAUCCCAAAAUUUGAAAAAAAAGGUCCUAAUGAAACCUUUUUUUCAAAUUUGUAAAAGUCAAAAUGAAUAUGUGUAAUAAGCACUCGGAUAUCUAUAACCCUUGCUAAAUCCUGUUUGUUUUGUUUUUUAUGGAACCUGCAGAUGCAUGUGUUGACUUGCAUUCAUCAUUUUCUUUUCAAAAAGAAAUGUCAAAAUUCGGAAUUAGUCUCAAAAUCAUGACAUUUUAGGUGUAUCAAAUGUGAUACAUUUGGCAAUAUUGGGUUAAACCAAGAAUCGAGAUUGUUUUACAUCCAUAUCUAUGAAGAAUUUGGGAAUUUAAGCAUUUAUUCACAAGAAUUUACAACAAAAACUCUUUGUCUGCGAUUCCACCCGGUCAGCUUUGACGGCCUCGCCAACAAUGCAGCCCCUCUAUUUAUCGGCCCCGUGUCCCGUCAAUACAUUAUGAAGUCUAUGAGCCGUCAAUGGCAAACAAUGAGGUAAAUAGUUCCAAACUUUCGAACAAUCAAGGGUUAACGGUGUGUACCUCCACCAUCAGACAAAGUGUUACCAACACUCCACUAAAGUUGAAUUAAAAACAACUGACAUUUCUGUUCAUGUUCAAUGUUUUAGUGUAUUUUUUGGAUUAGAUCUAUGUUGACGUUUUAUUACUGUGAUGUUUUAGUGUAUACUCUUCCCAAUAAAGUCAAA